CGAAAGUUGUAUUGGGCAUGUCGGAGUCUCCGGGAAAACGGCCGAAAAUCGGACCCAGCGACUGCCUAUGCUACCUGAAGAGUCUGGGGGAUGUCCGUCCGGAGGAUGCCGCACUGCAGUUGGCCCAGCGAAUAAAAGCGGAGGAGGAGGAUGCGGAGCAGGCGGACACGUGCGGCGGCGCCAAUCAAGCCGCACUGAACAUUAGCUUUCGUGUGUACUACCACAUAGUGCACAAGUACGAGCUACAGGAUUUGCACUUUGAAGAUCUUCCCCAGCGUUUGACCUGCGAGCAGCCUACUGCAUUCCUAAUGCUCCAAUCCGUCCUGCUCACCGACCACUGGAAGCGUUUGGACGCCGCUGCAUUAGAGGAGAAGUGCACAACUGCCAUUAUUGAGGCUUUGCGGCGGAACAGUCCCAGCUUGAUGGCAGUACUUAAGGCCACUAACUUGUUGGUGAAAAAGUUCCCCAAUCUACAGCUCUUGACAUUGCGAUUAGAGCACUUUUACCACUGCCUUCAGCGACAGACGCAAACGGGAUCCCGUGAGGAGACACUGACCCUGUACAACCACUGCUGCAAACAAAAGCAAAGAGCCUUCUCUUACUUCCGACUGAUUGUCGAGUUCUGGCCAUGGACAAACCGCAACAAGUACUAUUUGCUGAGCGGUGCCUUGAAUUCGUUUCCACUACAGGAUCUUCUGGCAGCCACAAAUCAAAGCGAGGAAGAGUUCUUCAAUGGACUCCGACUAAGCCUUUUCUACAAGGGACUCCGUGCAGCCAGCCAGUAUCCCGUUAAAAGCUUAAGUAACCAACGUUCACCAGGUCUACUAAACGCCAGUAUGGAGUUACUCCUUAACGGCAGUGUGGCUGAGAUCCAAAACUUUCACUCACAAUGGUUUCUUCGCAUCCAACAGCACGAUAUGUUGUUUGAGCUGCUGCAGGGAAAUCCUCAGAUAGUCGAGUUUCUGGCCUGCUCUGAGGAUGUGAGGUCGCCAGGCGAUCAGUUGCGUCUGAUCCUGAUCUUUAGCAUGUUUGCUAAGGAGAUAUAUGUUGCCUCCAAGCUGCACUUUUUUAAGAUCAGCACAGAGCUGCUAACCAAUUGCAGCCAAAUGGAGACGGAAGCUCAGCUUUUGGUGUUUCGUUUCCUAGUCGACAAUUUGGGAAACUUUGCCGUCGAGGACUGCCUGGAGUUUUUCCACAGCUUUGUAGAGCGACAUCGCGGCUUGGAGAGCUCAGAGUUCCGGAACACGAUGUUAGGCAAGAUGCCAACAAUUAUUAAUCACACGGCAAAGCAUUUCCAUAAGGUACUGAAAGUAGACAGUGGCAUUGGAGGCGAUGCCUUGGCGCAGAACAUCAAGGGAUUCUUUUCGCACCUACAGAAUCUGAUCGAGCGGGACAUCCACAGUGAGGUUUACCAACCAAAGAUCUUUGCCUUGAAGUUACUGGAGAUCCUUAAUAGGUCACUAUAUGCCAAACAAGUUUCAAAGAAUGCCAAAAUAUGCAGCCCCCAGCAGAAUCAACGAAUGGGGGCAUUCCUUCUGGAUCAUGGCGUCUUUCGGCCCAAGGAAAUGGCUGAUAAGCUUUUUGAAACCCUUAACAAUCCACAAGGUUUCGAUGAUGCAUUGGAGCUGACUGUGUCUCUGCUGAUUCAAAUGGACCAAGUUGACAAUGAAAGGUGCGUGGAGCGUUGCCUGGAACUGUGCUUCACUUCAGAUGUAGACGAAUGCUCCCUGGUUUCACUUUACGCGCAAUUGGCGGUUACAAAAGUGCAAUGUGGAAACAGGUUAUUUGAUGAAUUCCUGAAUAAACUAAAACAAAAAGUGGAUUCCUUUUUUGAGGAUCCUUUGCUGACUGGCAAGAGUGGUGGCCAUCUUUUUGGCUAUCUCAGCGGACUGGACGAGAUAGUCAAGGCUGGCGUUCCAGUAAAGUCUCCUCUGGUGGACUUGUUGCCACUUCUAGAACGAAUUCUAAGUGGCAUUCUGAAAUUUUUUAAUUUGGCCAACGCCAGACGACAAGCAGAAGCAGCCACGGCAGCCAGUUUCCAGGACAUGGAAGAGAGUCUCGAGCUGCUGGUCAGCGAGAGCUCCUUCAAAUCUGUUAGCGAGGAGGAGGCCUGUCGGAAGUAUUUGCUUAUGAGCUUCUGGCUGACGUUGAAGGGUUGUUGCGAUCUGGCUACCAGCAUUGGGUGUUCACUUAUUCAAACCCCGGAAAACAGAGUGGACUCCAAAGCCUUGCGACGAUGCCUUGACAUCAAUGUGUUUGUCCUGACGCUUUGCCGUCAUAAAGGAGCUAUUGAAGCGGCUGGUUUGAGCAUAGGCAGACUCACUCGAGCCAUCACCAGCAGCUUGGAGAGCGGCGACGAGUGUUUCCAAAUGCUGCACGAUUGCCUGGAUCGGGAGUUGCUGACGGAAAGUCGCCAAGUAAGCACCACACGUCGUGGUGCCGGAUUUGCUAUAAUGUUCCUCCAUGUGCUCAAGAAUGAUAAUCCACGGCAGCGGCUGCUCCUUCAUCGUGCUGUGCAACAAAUCCUUCAGAGGCUAAAUGAAGAACGUUCAACAACAUGUGAUUCCCUGGAUAGCAACCACGAUCGUUGGGAAGCACUAGUGCUUCAUUACUUAUGCGUUUUGGUGCGGGACACGGAACUUAGACCGGCAAUGAGCAAGUACUACAAUGAGAUUCUGUUGGUGGCCAUGGAUAACAUUACCAACCCUGAGUGGACUAUCUCGAAUGCCGCAUUACAGCUGUUCGGCGCCAGUCUUGGCAAGCUUGUGGGCCAGCGCCAAGCUACAGAAUUCGAGUCCCGACCCGCUUGGGAACCCAGUGAACUGGACUACGACGAACUGGGGUGCUUGCUGCCCAAGGCGUGCGAGCAUAUGCUGGAAUGCUGCGACCGCCAGGAGGUUACCUCCUCUAUUAUACUCUUUCUGGCAUUUCUCUCCAAAGUGGAACACUUGCGGACAUCCGGAGGCAAAGACCUAAAUCCCCUUUUACUCCGUUUUCGGCGUCUAAGCUGGAGUCUGUUACGGCAUAAUUGCGAUCAAGUACGCCAACUUGCGGCCACCUGCUUCGUACGGUCGCACGAAUUCCGCUGCGAUCUGCCGUCGGCGCUGCUGGCCAGUGCAAAGUUGGCGGCGAACAUCGAGGAGGAAAACUUCUACGAAGGACUGAUCUACACCUUGACGUCAGGAGUGUUAAAACUCAAACACGAAGCGCGACAUGUGUGGAGUGCAGCUCGACUGGAGGGAUUCUUUGGAGAGCUUCUUACAGCGCUGGAUGUCACGGAGCGAGUGCGUCGUUUCAAGCCGUACACAUUGAACGUGCUUUUGGAACUGCUAAAAUUGCUGGAUAGCGCGGAUAAAGCAGCUCUGGUCGAGUCCCUCGCCAAAAAUUAGGAAAUUUAGUUUUAUCUAAUCUAACAAUAAGCCAAAAAGUAAUCUUUCCUCGUCAACGCUUUUACAACUAUUCAAAUGACGCAUUUAAUGUUUGUACGCAGUAAACGAAACGAAAGUAUCUACCAAA